CUACUCUUGGUAGGGGGUGGUGUCCCAUGUUUUUUCUGCUCCCAAUCGACCCUUUCUUAUAGGGUCCUUCUCUGGUAGAGUUAAACAGAGGAAAACGGGUUUAUGCACCCUUUUAUCUCUGAACCGUCGCCUAGUUAAGGCCAAACCUAUCCUCAAAAGGAGGAAGGAGCGUUCUAGGACAGUUGGGGGCUUUCGCAGGUGGCUGAGUGUAAUCCCCUCUGCUGUGUUACCAUGCCUGCGGCGGCUCCAAUCAUCAGCUCUGUACAGAAGCUGGUGUUGUACGAAACUAGAGCUAGAUAUUUUCUUGUUGGAAGCAAUCAGGCAGAAACCAAAUAUCGUGUUUUGAAAAUCGAUCGCACAGAACCAAAGGAUUUAGUUGUUAUUGAUGACAGACAUGUAUAUACCCAGCAAGAGGUGAGAGAGCUGCUAGGCCGUUUAGAUCUGGGGAACAGGACAAAAAUUGGGCAAAAGGGCUCCUCUGGAUUAUUACGUGCUGUCUCUGCUUUUGGGAUAGUAGGUUUUGUUAGAUUUUUAGAAGGUUAUUACAUUGUGCUAAUUACAAAGAGGAGAAAGAUGGCAGAUAUUGGAGGACAUGCAGUAUAUAAAAUAGAAGAUACCAAUAUGAUCUACAUUCCAAAUGACUCUGUACGAGUGAGUCAUCCUGAUGAAGCAAGAUACCUCCGAAUUUUUCAGAACGUGGACUUGUCUAGUAAUUUUUAUUUCAGCUACAGCUAUGAUCUGUCCCACUCCCUUCAGUAUAACCUUACCAUUUUGAGAAUGCCUCUAGAUGUACUUAAAACAGAAACAACCCGAACUCGACAAGAGUGUUUUGAUAUUUUUGAAGAUGAGGGACUCGCUACUCAAAAUGGAAGUUGUGUAUUUGGAAUUUGCAGUGAACCUUACAGAAAAUAUGUGUGGAAUGGGAAAUUGCUUGACGUUGUCAAAACUGCAGUUCAUCGUGACUGGCUUUUGUAUGUUAUUCAUGGAUUUUGUGGGCAGUCGAAACUACUUAUUUAUGGUCGUCCAGUGUAUGUCACUUUGAUAGCUAGAAGAUCAAGUAAAUUUGCUGGAACACGGUUUCUAAAGAGAGGAGCAAACUGUGAGGGAGAUGUAGCGAAUGAAGUAGAAACUGAGCAGAUACUUUAUGAUGCUUCAGUAAUGUCAUUUUCUGCCGGAAGCUAUUCAUCUUACGUCCAGGUGCGAGGUUCUGUCCCUCUGUAUUGGUCUCAGGACAUAUCGACUAUGAUGCCUAAGCCACCAAUCACAUUGGAUCAGGCAGACCCAUUUGCUCAUGUAGCUGCUCUUCACUUUGAUCAAAUGCUCCAGAGAUUUGGCUCUCCAAUCAUCAUUUUGAAUCUUGUGAAGGAACGUGAAAAAAGAAAACAUGAAAGGAUACUAAGCGAAGAGCUUGUUGCUGCUGUAACUUACCUCAAUCAAUUUUUACCUCCUGAACAUGCUAUUGUAUACAUUCCUUGGGAUAUGGCCAAAUACACAAAGAGCAAACUGUGUAAUGUCCUUGACAGACUGAAUGUGAUUGCUGAAAAUGUGGUGAAGAAAACUGGUUUCUUUGUAAAUCGACCUGAUUCGUUCUGCAACGUUUUGCGUCCAGAUGAAAAAUGGAAUGAGCUAGGAGGAUUUGUAGUUCCCAGUGGCCGUUUGCAGACGGGAGUUCUUCGAACCAAUUGUGUAGACUGCUUAGAUCGCACUAAUACAGCCCAAUUUAUGGUUGGAAAGUGUGCUUUAGCCUACCAACUCUAUUCCUUGGGAUUGAUUGACAAACCCAAUCUUCUGUUUGACACAGAUGCCGUUAGAUUAUUUGAAGAAUUAUAUGAAGAUCAUGGAGAUACAUUGUCACUCCAGUAUGGUGGUUCUCAACUUGUUCAUAGAGUAAAAACCUACAGAAAAAUAGCACCCUGGACCCAACAUUCUAAAGAUAUUAUGCAGACUCUUUCAAGAUACUAUAGCAAUGCUUUUUCAGAUGCUGACCGGCAAGAUUCUAUUAACUUGUUUCUAGGAGUAUUUCAGCCUGAAGAAGGGAAGUCUCAUCUCUGGGAACUACCUACGGAUUUUUAUUUGCAUCAAAAGGACACAAUGAACCUUCUCCAGGCCAGGCGAAGCUACACUUUUUGGUGGACUCCUGGUGUUCUAAAAUAUUUGCCACUGCCUUAUGAUGAAGUGACAUGUGCUGAAAACCAGAGGAAGUUAAUAGUGAAGAGAUUUCGUAAGUUUGAUGAAGAGAUUGACAUUCAUAAUGAUUUUUUCCGACCAUAUGAACUCAGCAGUUUUGAUGACAUCUUUUGCUUGGCAAUGACAAAUUCAAUGCGAGAUUUUAUGCCCAAGAAUGUUCCCAUUGAUCCCAGCCCAUUUACUGUACGCAAACCAGAUGAAACUGGAAAAUCUGUUUUGGGGAACAAAAGCAACCGAGAAGAAACGGUGCUGCAACGUAAAACGGCUGCUAGUGCUCCUCCGCCCCCCAGCGAGGAGGCUGUGUCCAGCAGUUCUGAGGAUGAUUCUGGAACUGAUAAAGAAGAUGAGGGUGCUACCUCUCAGCGUUCGACACCAGUGAAAAUAUCAGAUACCGGAGACAAUACCAAAAUAACGGAAAAUGUAGUGCAACCUACAAAAGAUGUCUAUGGGAUUAAUCUUUCAGAAUCUCCUUCAGAGGAUGAUCUCGGCAUAUACAUAAGGUUUGUUCAGCUGGGACAGAGUCAACAGAAGCAAGAGAAGAGUUCCCAAACUUUCUGUCCUAAAAACUUAGAUGGGGUUAUAAAUUUAACACCCAUCUCUGCUUUCUCCCAAGACAACAUUUAUGAAGUCCAGCUGCCUAAAGUAGACAGGAAAUCUAUUGAGAUCUUUCAUGCUCACAUCCAAGCAAGCAAGGGUAUUAUGCAGCCCUUGGGAAAAGAAGACAACUUCCUGUACCGAGAAUAUAUUAGAAACAGAUACCUAUGAAAAAAUGCUAGUGUUUAUCUCUUCUGAAUGUAGCCCCACUGAAUUCUAGAUAUGUCUUGCAAGGGAAGUUAGGAAGAAAGUACUCAGAAUGCCUCUUGUAUGCAUUUGCUCUCCCCCAACUCCAAGGAGGAUAGAUGGCUUAUUCUUUAAUGGCCUUAUAGUUCUAAUACAAAUAAUCUCAAGUGAGAAUUAUGUUAGUUUAAAAAAGAACUUUGGAAAGACAAAAAUGCCUUUGUUGAUAACUGUUUAGAUAUAACCAUUGAAAAUGGUUGACAAUAUUAAAGAUUUUGAUAAGCAAUA